AGGACGUAGAGAACAUGAAUAUCGUUUUAAAUAAUUUGUAGGAAAACUAGUUAACCGGAAGUGAACUUUGUUUUGACUCAUUCACAAACUCUACAUCAGUUUCGUAUCCUAUUUCCGAUCUUUCCUUCUGUGACUGUCGAAGCAAAAUGACUUGCAAACGCAGAAACGGUGGACGUGCUAAGCAUGGCCGUGGUCAUGUAAAUCCUGUACGCUGUACUAAUUGUGCAAGAUGCGUGCCAAAAGAUAAGGCAAUCAAAAAAUUUGUCAUUCGCAAUAUUGUAGAAGCAGCUGCUGUAAGGGAUAUAACAGAAGCCAGUCAAUAUCCAUCUUAUCAACUUCCCAAACUUUAUGCUAAGUUACACUAUUGUGUCUCCUGUGCUAUUCACUCUAAAGUGGUCCGUAAUAGAUCUAAGGAAGCUAGACGUAUUAGGACACCUCCUGUGCGGAAUUUCCCAAGGGAUUUACGCCAAGGACAGCAAAACAGGAAAUAAUUUUUCUAUGUAAGAAUUUAAAAUAAAAAUAAAUGUAACAAAAUCAAUCAAA